AUGACCCGUAGGUGGAGUCCGGAGGAGUCGCAGAGGAAGAACCUGCAGGGUGGAUUCAGACAGUUUUCCUUGUUCCUCCUCCUCCUCCUCUUCCUCCUCAGGGCAGCUUCUUCAUGCAGGAUGUCUGCAGAACUCGUGUCAGUGGACUUUGAGGUCUUCGGCCACGUUCAGGGCGUCUGCUUCCGGAUGUACACGGAGCAGGAGGGCCUCCGCCUGGGGCUGGUGGGCUGGGUGAAGAACACCUCCGGGGGGACGGUGGUGGGGCAGGUGCAGGGCCCGGCCGGCCAGGUGGAGGAGAUGAAGGUCUGGUUGAGUAAAGAGGGAAGUCCGUCCAGCCGGAUCACCAGAACCUCCUUCUCCAACCGCAGAACCAUCGACAAGCUGGAGCUGAGCGGGUUCAGCACCCGGUUCUGAGACCCGGUUCUGAGACCCGGAUCAGACCCUGGACCCCUCCUGAGACCAGAACCAGAACCGGUCCUCUAGAGUCCAGAUUACAGGAAGUUCUGGUCCGACCACUGCUGGAUGUUAGCAACACAUGCUAGCAGGAAACUUCAGUAUCUCUGCGCUUCAAUAGUCAGUACUUGAGUUGUAAAAAGAAUAAGGGGGGAUGGUGGAUUUUAUCAUAUGGGGACAGAUAAUUUGUGCUGAUUACUAAUAAUAUAAUAUAUUACAAAUAAUAGCAGUGACCAAAACACCUGCAGAAAUACUGCAGGAAUGACAUAGCAGCAGUUAAAUGCAGCCUUCUGUAAGCUUUAAAUAUCCACUGGGCUUACAUCAAAUACAUCAA